ACCCAGAUUGGAGCCUUUGUCUCCGAAUGCACUGUCCAAUGCUUCCUACACUGGAUGUCGACGCAUUUCUGAGCACUGACGUUUUCCCUUCGCGUGGCGCUACUCGUGCUGAGCCGCGAGGGUGAACGUGUCCGCCUGGGUUGACGUGUGGCAACCCGCGCGGUGACGAAAGCGUGCGUGAUGCAAUGCGUGUGUGUGAGUGAGAGAUGAUGGCAAGAAGAAAGAGUUUCGGAAUAGAUUCCCGCAGUGUUUUAUUCAUAUUCUUCAAGUGAUAAUCUGUCGAUGCCACUUUGUGCGGUCACACAGCAGAGGUGAACGUGUCCCCAGUGGAUUUCGCGACUGAGACGUGUCGCUCAGUGUGGAAAAGCAGUGAAAAUUGCAGGAAAAGUGACUUGGAGGUUAGGGUUUUUUGACAGUCAUCAUGUUUUUCUGAGGUCCGGGAGUGAGACAGUGGCCCCCACGAGUUGACUGGUGUGCAAAAAGCAAGGUGGAAUUUCGCGGUGAGGACAGAUGAUGUGGUUGAGUUGAGUGGAGGCUGAAAGACUGAGAAUCAGUGGCUAAUUUGGGGGUAAUUUGGUGGAGAAUGGAGCACCGAAGGCUCCGGUGAUGAGAUUUGGGGCGCGCUCCUCACCUGCGUUGCCCAAAUUCAGUGUGCGUGCUUCGGAGGACGCUUGACAAAGGAGGGCGCAUUUAGUUUAUGAAGCUGUGAGACUGUGUGUUUUGAUACUUUUGUAAAGGAAACAAGAGACUCUCUGUGUUGGGGAGAGACAAUGAUCUCGCUGAAGAAGGUGCACGCGGAUCAGCUGCUCCGCGUGGCGCUGGUGCUGUCGCUGCUGCGCGUGGACCCAUCCAGCUACCUUGGCUAUGGCUGGGAGUCGCAGCUGGCGCUCCAGGACGGCGACGGCUGGCAGCUGGAGCUGCGCGCCGCCACGCCGCUCACGGACAUCAGCCACUACUCGAACCGGAAGGCUGUGAUACCGCUGAUUGAGGACCUCGUGCGCUUCAACCACAAUUCCAACGACGUGACUGCCUACCUGCUCAACUCCGUCCAUCAAGAUCACAACUUCACGGGCUCCGCCUCGGCGAGCGCGUCAGACGCGGCCAACGCUACGGCGGGUCAACGGACUGCGUCAGGUGAGGAGAGUCCGGCGGCGGCCAGUGCCGAACUGGAGGAGCUCUUCCUCAAUGCCGCGCCCUUCGCCGACUCCGCCAGCAUCUUCGACGAGAACCUGGCCGAUCUCACGGACUUCGGCGAGAGCAUCGCCUCCGUGUAUCCCUAUCUCGGCCUGCCGGCCAAGGAUGAACUCCUGCUGGACUCGCUCAUGCCGCCCGAGGCGCCCGCCAUCGACGACCUGGCGCUCAACGGCGCCUCCAACUACGGCAUGCCCGAGUCGCCCGCCGUCGAGGAGCUGAUCGAGUGGGAGGAGUUCUACGGCGACGCCGGCGGACGCGUGACGGUGAAGACGGAGCCUCCGGAGCGGCCCGAGUCGCCCGUCGCCGCGCUCAGCGCUGAUGCAACAGUCAAAGCUGAUAGCGACGAUUGUGAGUCAUCGUCGUCUGUUGUGCUCACGCCAGAGGAAAGCGAAUUGAUUGAGGUUCUGUGGAAGCAAGAUGUUGAUCUGGGCUUCUCAUUGGCGCCUCCUUCGACCUCCUUGAAGAAGGAAGAGACUCACAGUGCCGAGGAUGAUGCUGAGAAACUCAAUGCGCUGCUUGAGUUGAAGAAUGAGAAAUCCCAGAACACGGAGAAGGACGAGGAAUUCGAUCAUGAUUGGCCUAAUUUGCCAAUUGAUGCUGAAACAGGUGAAUACAUCCAGAAGCUCCCACUUCAGUUGGAUGACUCCCUGCUUCAGGAGGCUCUGCAUCAGCUAGACGAUCUCUCAGCGGAACAAGAUGCCCUUAAGGAUGAUGCUUUUGAUUUCGAACCCAAGCGCGAACCACUGGAUUCCGUAUCAUCGAAUGGCUUUGGCUCAGAUUUGGGUGACGAAGUGAAGUCGCCGCUGACGAGGGAGAAUUCCUUUGACUUGUCAGAGGACGCAAUUAAGAGUGACGAUACGAAUGAAUUAGAAGAACUCCUCUGCGAUAUGAUGAUUCAAAGCUCCAGCGCCUCUUUUCAGCAUCCGCGAUCUGUUCAGGGCUACGGACAUGGAGUCAACUCCUUCCGUCAGUCCUCGUAUCAUCAUCAGCCGCGAGUGCCGCUGAGCCGCGCCGUGUCGAUGGAGCAGCGCUGGCAGGAUUUGGCCAAUUUGCUGAGCCUGUCGCCGGGCAUGGGAGUGGGCAUGGGCGUUGGGGACAUCCCAUCGCAUCCACACUACUCAUCUCACUACUCUUAUCAGCCAUCCGCACCGUCGAUUCCUCAGCACAGUCAAUUCACACAUCCGCACUCUCAUCCGGCUGUGCUGCACAAUGCCUCACUGUCGGACUUGGGAGCCGCCGGACAGCCGCACUAUGGGCCAAAUCUAGGCUCCGCCGUGGCGUCAAGUAUGCAUCUCACGAACUCCAGCACGGAAACGGACGGCGGCGCGUCUGGCUACAAGAUGGAUCCUGACAUUCUCUACUACUCCAACACAUCGUCCGAGAUCAAUUCCACAACCGAUGGCUUUCUCAAUUCCAUCCUCAACGAUGAGGAUCUGCAGCUGAUGGACAUUGGCAUCAAUGAAGGACGCCAAUACUAUCAAGGCAUGUACACAAUGCGAAUGCUGGAUCACAAUUCCACGUCUAACAAUUCCACGGCCACGAACCUCGGCGGCAGCAUCAAUGGCGCCGCGGGUGGAUUGGCGAACGGCGGCGGCGGCCUGCUGGGCAUGCAGACCAAUAUAAAUGGCCUGGGAGGAAUUGCGGGCGCUCACGGAGAUCGUCUUGACACAUCCAGCGACAGUGCAGUGAGUUCCAUGGGCUCCGAGCGAGUGCCAUCGCUCUCGGAUGGCGAGUGGGGCGACGCGGGCAGCGACUCCGCCCAGGAAUACCAGAGCAAAUACGGCGGUCCGUAUGACUACAGCUACAGCGGGCGCCUGGGCGAGUCCGGCGGCAGACAGCCGCCGGUGGCGCAGAAGAAGCACCACAUGUUCGCUAAGCGGUACUUCCAGGAGCAGAACACGAGCACAGUGCCGUCGGCGCUGGCGGCGGACGCGAUGCCGGCGGCGGGGAUCAAGUAUGAGUACGAUCAGUAUGCGAUGGGGCCGCAGGGCGCCGCCGGCGGAGCGCCGCACGGUCUGGAGGCGGCAGGUGCCAUGGGACCAGCCGCUCCACCGCUGAUGAACGCCAAGAGUCACCACUUGGCGCCGCCGCUGGAGAUAAAAUACUCGUGCUCGCACGAUUUCGCCGCGCGGCAGGCGCGCAGCGGCGUGCACGAUCUCGUGAGUCACAAUCACACGUACACGCUGCCGCAGAGCAGUGGGGUGAUUCCCAAGCCGCCGGCCAGGGACAAGAAGGCGCACAAGAAGAGCGAAGAUGAGCACCUGACGCGUGAUGAGAAGCGCGCCAAAGCACUUGGAAUCCAACAGAUUCCCAUGCCCGUGAAUGACAUCAUCAAUCUGCCCAUGGAUGAGUUCAACGAGCGCCUGUCCAAGUAUGAGCUGAGCGAGACGCAGCUGUCGCUGAUCAGGGACAUCAGGCGUCGCGGGAAGAACAAGGUGGCGGCGCAGAAUUGCCGCAAGCGCAAGUUGGAUCAGAUCCUGUCGCUGGCCGAUGAGGUGAAGGAAGUGCGACAGCGCAAGUCUCGCCUCAUGAGCGAUCGGGAUUCGGCGCUGAUGGAGCAGAAGAGAGUCAUGGACAAGUUCACGGCGCUCUAUAGACACGUUUUUCACUACAUGAGAGAUCAGGAUGGAAAUCCGUACUCUUCGUCGCAGUACAGCUUGCAACUGUCAGCCGAUGGUUCAGUUUAUCUGUUGCCGCGCGAGCCGAAGACGGAGGGUGGCUCAGGAUCUGGCGGCGGGCCGCCGAGCAGUCAUCAUCCGCAUCAGCAGAAGGAAUAGAAGAAAGACGCGCACGCGCGGCGGCGGCAAAGCUGGCGAGAAGAAGAGAGACGACUUCAGCGAGCCAAAGUGCCCGAGAAGGAAUUGUGCUGAGUGUCUGUCUGACUGAUUAAAAAAGUCCUUUGAUCUCACGGUGAAGAGGAUUCUUCUCUGGGAUGUUGGAGUUAAAACAGGAAAAAAACAACAACCGCCAUUUCUGCCCGUGAACAAGAAGCAAAAAGAAGCAACAAAAACAAUGUGAACAAACAGCACAAGCGCAGACGGAAGGAAAAACAGUGGCAAAAAAGAAAGGAAACGCAAAAAAAUCAUUUUAUCAAGAAAGGCAUCAUUUGACGAAGGAUGGAUGAGGUCAAAUUGGAAGUUGUGAAGAGGAUAAAAUUGUACUUUGUGACUUUAUAUUGUAAUAUUUUAGCUACAAUAUUCUAUAUACUGUAGUGAUUGUAAUUGGAUGCGGCAAGUUGGAAGUAAUGUAAUAGCGUGUUAGGGCUCUAAAAUUAAGGAUGUAAUCAGCCUGAAAGAGGGAGACAGAGAGCGAGAGAGAUGGUGUGCAUUGCAUAUAAAUAGCGUAAUAACAAUUGUGUUAGGACUGGCUAAGAUUUUUUGGAAUGGACAAAGUCAGACUUGUAUAAUCUGCAAAAAAACUGGUGAUUUUGGGAUGAAAAGAAAUUUUUGUUCUUCAAACCUUAUUGCUAUUUAAGUAUAUAAUUAAUUAACUUUCUAUUGUAUUUAAAAGAAAAAAAAUUGAUGGAAAAUCAAUGGGUGAUUAGAGAGGAUUUAUUUGAUAAUAAGUAUAAAAUGCGGCAAAUGUCUUUAUCAAACUUUUUUUUGUUGUUUAUAACAUAUGAAGAAGAUGAGGAAAGUAGAACCACUGAUCAAAUACUAGAUAUAUUAAUAAUGGUGUUAAAAACUUUUUGGAGAAGUAUUUUGUUCAUAUUUUUGUGUAUUUCUUGCCUAUUUUCUACAUGAAAUGAUAAAAAAACAGAUGAAUUUUUUAUUACACACAAAAUAUACACAUUUUUUUGUAAAACAGAGAAAGAGGGAAAAAGAGAGGAAUUCGUGCAACGAUUUAGUGAGUUUUGCGCCUCAAUUCGGCAUCUUAAUACUAAUUAUUAUGAUUAUACAUUGCAAACAGUUGUAAAUAGCAUCUUUUUUAAGUCGACUAAUUGCCUCCUAGAGUGAAUUUCUGUUUCACGAGCAUUUCAGGGGCCGGGAAGAGAGAGACUAAGAGCAGCAGUGACACACUGAAUGUUGAGAAAGAGAGAAAGAAAA